GGUUCACAGCUGAUUUUCAACCAUUUCUCAACUUUUAACAACCAUAAGAUCACAAUGUUAAAUACCUAAAACUAUUCGUUAUCGGAUUAUCCAAGUAAAAUUUGGAUUGGAUAUCGGGAACCCUAAAUAUAACUUUGCAAACCGGAUAGAUUUUAUUCUCCGAACGUUCCGAUUGCGGCCAUUUUGUAAUGGAAUUAUUGUGUGUUUUACUUCCGGAAGAAGAUAGGAAAGAUUGAUUAGAAAUUGGCAGGCACUUGAAGAAUGAAAGACCACUCGAUGACAGAACCGUUUAUCUUAGAUGGACAAAGUAUAGACAGAUUUUUCAUGAUGCACAUCAGCCAUUGUCAUAGGAGGGGAAAAGGAAGGCACUGAAAACCAGACUUUAUUCUUAAUUCCAAAAGAAAGAUCAUCUUAAAAGAGACAACCUAAGCAGUACAAAAAUAGCUCCCUCGCUUGUUGAGCAAGCAAAUCAAAGAUGGCAGAAGUGCCGCCGGGUCUAAUCACCAUGGGGUCGGAGCCCCUCAAGCAGUACCGGGCCCGCCACAACUUCGAGGGGAGCAAGGACGACGAGCUCAACUUCCAGAAGGGUGACAUCAUCACCGUCACCCUCCAGGUGCCGGGAGGCUGGUGGGAAGGGAUGCUGAGCGGCAGGUCCGGUUGGUUCCCGAGCAACUUCGUCAGGGAAAUCAAGCCAAAGAAUGAACCAUCAGAGACCAAAAUAGUAAAUGAUGUCACACUAGGAACAGACCAACCUAUAGACAAACUCAAGUACCAUACAGAGGUUAUAGAAUCCCUCCUAGAAACAGAAAAGCAGCUCACAUCUGAAUUACAAACGUUAAUAUCAACGUACCUCAGACCACUGGAGUCAUCAAAUAUCCUCACGUUACAGGACUGGUCAACGUUAUGCAGCAACCUAGACGAUCUCCUCACCUUCCAACAUAACCUCACCAAAUCGAUAGAAGAAGCUGGAAAGCUGGAAGGGAAGCACAGGCGGAUAGGGGCUUGUUUCAUGAAAGUUUCAACUCAAUAUAGGACCUUGUACUCAAUCUACUGUGCUAAUCAUCCACGGGCUGGAGCAGUAUUAAGCGAAAACGGUGAUGAGCUGAGUAGAUUUAUGGAGAGUAAAGGCGCCCCCAGCCCCGGGAUCAUGUUCUUAACGACGGGACUGAGCAGCCCUUUCAGAAAGAUGGAAAAGUACACAGCAGUCCUCAAAGAACUAGAGAGGCAUUUACCGGCUGGUCAUCCAGACAAAAUUGAUAUGUCAACAGCCAUCUCAGUCUACAAAGAAAUUGCUACAUAUUGCCAAGCAAUGAGGAAACGGAAGGAGAUAGAGCUUGAUAUCAUGACUGGUCCUAUCCAGGGCUGGGAGGGAGAUGAAAUCCAUCAUCUUGGUGAGGUGAUAGAGAUGACGCAGGGUGCCGUUUACAUCGAUGGAGCCAAAUGUGAACGGUUCUUCCUGGUCUUCCAUCAAUGUUUCAUCAUGCUCUCUCCAACGUCCGGAAUGAACGGAUUCAUCUUCUUGGGAAGGUAUCCUGUCACAUCGGUGAGGGUCAACAGGUUACCGGACACGGAGAAGGAGCAGGGGGCCUUUGAGCUGAGCGCACAGGGCCUCGAGAAGACCAAGAUAAUCUGCCCGGCGGUCCUGGAUCGAGAGCAGCUGUUCGACGCCAUCGAGGUGGCACCCUCUCGAGUUCCGCAGAAGAACUCAACGCCGAUGCCGUCGCCCGGGCUGUGUGGGUCACCCCCACCUGUGCCUCCGGCUGCAGGCAAACCAGGAGCGCCAAACUCCCUCCCGGACUCCAACCACAUCACCUCCAACAGCCCCAUCCUAGCAAAUUGCCGCGACCUUGCCUCCCCAGUCCCCAUGGCGAUGAGGCACGGCAACGUCAUCACCUGCCUCCGCCCGGCCCCGCCCAUCAACCCCAUGACCAUCUGGGCUCGCAAGGAGGGCAGCGGGAAGAGCCCCAGGGGGAAGAGGCGCAAUCUGACGAAGAAGAAAGACAAGGGAAAAGGCGACAAGAAUGUCGAAGCGGCUAUCAUCCAGAAACUGGACAGCCAAGUGUUGGAGGAGGAUAACAGAAUAUUGAAAGUGAUCGAGGCCUACUGCACAAGCGCCGGCUCCCGUAAUGCCAGCAACUCAGUUCCCUUGGAGGCGGCGCCUCACGUGUUUCUGGCCGAGGAUGAGAAGAUAAUGGUGGAGGAGACAAAAGGAAGCGAGACGGUAGUAGAAGAAAAAACCCUUGUAGAUACCGUCUACGCCCUCCGAGACCAAGUCAAGGACCUCAUGGAUGAAACCAAACGACUCAAAUGCGAUCUGGACGAUGAGCGCAAAGCCCGGCGGCGGCUCGAGACUUCCGUUAGGCACUCCAUCGCAAAAUACGACAAGGAGGAGACGAACUUAUGACAUGGGCAGUCUGUGACGUGUCUCUGAUCUCCUUCCCUUAUGUUUCAUCUAUACCAUCUAUUUUUUUUUUCUUUUCAUGUACACAUCACGUUAUUGCUUGACGUUCGAAAAAAACACUCCACCGCGAAAUAUGGCAAGUUUAUAGACAAGACAGAAUUACGAUGAGGGCGACCUUUAACAUUUGUCCAAUCUCCUUCACGUGUGGUUGAUACGGUCUACUUUAAUUUCGCAUCAUCAUAUCAGUUCUCCAAUGCUCAAGACAUCCAAAGACACUCCAGCGCAAAGUACGGCAAGUUUUACUCAACAAACUUUUGACACGAGCGGUUAAUGGUGCAUCUUUGAUCUCCUUCCACUUUGAUUUGAUACCGUUUUUUGUUGUCUGCGUACACAUCAAAUUAACUCUUUUAGAGAUGUUCGUAAGACACUCAAUCGCAAAAUACGACAAGUUCGACGAGACAAUCCAAUGAUUCAUCGAAAUCCAUCGUUCAAGGCUUUGAUCGGGACUCUAUAAAAUAUGACGAGACAUGUGUAGUCUUCAACAUUUCUCUGAUUCCUUUCGUUUUGUGCUUUGGUGCGGUCUUCUUCUUACGUUUUCGUCUUGUACACAUCAAACCGCCAUUGUUCAUGUUAUUUAGUGACGACUCACAACAGACAAUACACAUGAAUGUUUUGUAUAAUACUCGUAGCAGCUCGGAAACUACUUGCUUAUCAUAUUUGCCACUCUAAGUUAAUGUGCACUUUCUUUAAUUUUACUCACGUGCAAGGAAAAAUAGGGAAACUGUAUUUAAUGCGUCACACACUUGUUUAUAAUGUUCACAAUAUUUUGUUAGCUGUCUGAUAUAAGCCUGCAAUUCCGUGAAUUGUUGAUGCAUUUAUAUAUCGUCUGGUCGGGAACAGAAGGGCAUUGGCCUUUCAUGGAGUUAACGCCCUUCUGGCUCUCAGCAGACAACAUGACAUGAACAGAAUUACUUGGCGUACCCAAGCUUAUGUGCAACAUUUUAAUUUUCAAAGGUCACAUGAAGCUCAAUGAGCAUCAUUUUUAUCCAUUCAGAUGCGAAAAGUUGUUAACUCUGUCUGAAAGGAUACACGUACGUGGUAGUUGCCCUGCCGACUCUGGCUAUCGGCAGACUAAUAUUGGAAGCCUAGCAGCGAAAAAUGCUUUUCCAACCACAGUUUUUCAGUUUAGAAGGGUCCAACACAUCGACCUGUCUCUAAUAAGCAACCCAAAUUUUUCCAAUUUGUCAUUUUCUAAUUGAGCAAACCAGGGAUCUAUUGGAAUAUCUUUAUUCUUUUUCAUUUUCUUUGUUAUUUUAAUAUUGUUAUACUCUUCAAGGCAAACAUCAAUUUUUUUUGUAAAGUCCCGCCUCACAAUACUAACAAAGUUUUUUGUGAGAGAGUGCACUCGUGCAGACUUGUAGAAACUCCUCUGAAUGGACAUAGGCAAAGAGACAAUUUGAAACAAGAUAGACAAAGAGAGACGAUUUUGAAACGAGAAAGUGCAUCUUACCGAAAUGCUAGAUAUAUUUCCAUAUUUACUUGAUGAAUAAUAGUUAACAAUUGCCAAAUUCUCUCUUUGCUAUGCCAUUUAUGCAGUAUCUGUGUUCAGUAUGAGUCUGCCUUGUCAAGCACUAUAAUUAUAUUCCUCCUCCCUUUCUAUCCCUCUGAUAGGAUCUUAAGCCGUAGGUUCCUUGGUUACUCAAGCAUUUUCUUCUUCAAAACCGACGAAUCAAAAGCCUUUUCUUUACAAAUAGUGUUACUAAACAAGACUGAAUAAUAGUCAAAUGGCCACCAAAAAAGAAAAACUGUUCUAUGUUAUUAAUGAUUAACAAGUUUGAAAGAUGUACAUGUACAGUUAAGACGUCUUUGUCUUUUUCUUAAAACAAAAUUGAUUACACAGAAAGUGCCGUAUUUUAUGGAGGCCAGAUCGUAGCUACGUUUUGCAGGAAAGUUGCCCUAAAGCCUGGAUGCUCUUUGUAACUCAGUCAUAAUUUUUCUUAAUUUUAUGAGAUAUAUUUUGUAUUUAUACAGACUCUAAGGGUACUUGUUGGUAAAAGACAGUUUCUGAUUUCAAUUGUUCUUUAUUAAGAUACUUAGAAUAUAUAAAGUUUAUAAUAUGAUUGAUUUCAAAUGUGUUGGACAUGACAUGUUACAUCUGUGCAGAACAGCGAAACGCUCAACCAUUCUUCACUUAUCAGCAAGACUUGUUCAGUUGUACUGUACUAUAUUUACGUCAUUUUGUACGUUUCUCUCGCAACGAGGGAAAAGAGUGGGCCUGUAAAAUAUUAGCAUGCCCACCAAUGGUUUGUAUAAAGAGAAAAGGAAAAUAGUAAUUUUUUUAUAUUAAUAGAUACUACAAAGCAUUGUGUUUUAGAACACUAACCUUUAAGAAAUUUAAUCUUGAGCCCUGUUCGACCUGGCGCAGUAAACCAUCUCAAAACGUAUAAAUUAAUCUGUGAAAAUGAAUGACUAGUUGGGUGAAGAAACUGAUGUGGGGGUGCCAUGGUAUAGUGGUUCAUUCACUUGACCCUUAAUCUAAGGGUUGAGGGUUCAAAACCCAGCCCGGCACUUAUGUCCUGUAGCAAGGCAUUAAUCCUAAUUUGCCACUCUCCACCCAUGUGUGAAAUGGGCGCCUGGCGAUUAAUAGCUGAGGUAAUGAUAAUUGCAGAGCCUGCAGGAAAAUUAUACCAAUCAUGUUGCUUGCCUGGGUUAACAAGAUCAAACGUAUGUACACUUAAUAAGCAUGCAACAAAGCCCCAAUUGUUGUACCUUCAUCUCUUUUAAAAUAAAGAGAUAUAUGAGAAGCAGUAGACUAGUGUCAUGAGAGUAUAUGAUCACCCCCCCCCCCCCCCCUCUUCCCCCCCCCCCAUUCUCACUUCUUUUUUUUUAAAGAUGGUUUACCGUGCUGGGUCUGAACAGGGCCUCAUUGGGCAAGAUGCAUAGUACUGGAAUGUUAAUUCUUGUGACAUAAUAAUAUGAUAUGUAUAUAGAACAUUAAAUUUCAGCUCCUACACUUAUAUAAACUUAGAUUGAUUUAUUCGUGACAUUUUUAAGGGUAUACUUUUGUAUCAUGUAUGUAUGUGAAGAUUAAUAUUUCAUACAUACUUUUUGUUCAGAAAUGGGAAUUUUCUUUUGUGUUAGAUCUUUCUUCGUAGUCGUUACUUCUAUUUCACAUUUGUGGUCAAGUUUUCUUACAACUGGAAGUUGUGUGGCUCAGUUAAUCAUUUUCGGACGCAAAUUGGCUUCAUAUGAGCAUGAAAUAUUACUGAUACUUCAAAAGCUUCUCAAUUUCAAGGAGUUGGUUAAGAUAAUCUACGCUAGAUAUUUUUCUACAUAAUUAUAUGAGGUAUUAUGUACGAUUCUUUGAGACAGCAAAAACGUAAAAACUGGGAUGGAUAUUGUGCUUUAAAUGUUGUGCAGCAUCUGAGGAAGUUAAGAAAAUUUCAUCGUUACCCCUCUAACUGCUGUAUUCUCUUAUUCCUGUAGGUUUAAAGGGGAAGGAAACCCUGAUACAAACCUGGUUUUAAUAGAAGCAGAAAAGUAUGAGAAACAGAUCAGUAAAAGUUUGAGCCAGAUCCGAAUAUAUAUAAGAAAGUUAGGAUGUUUUGAAGUUGCAAUCGAUUAAACACAAAUUGGCAACUUUGUGACGGAUCAUACAAGGUCCUCUCCCACAGGGACUCGGUUUAAAAACGUCCUUUUCAAGGGACAGAUGAAUACGAGCCAUAUACUUUUGGUGGUUCACAAACACAGUGAAGAAACAAAAAUAAGAAAUGCUCCCGCCAUUAUUCACUACUAUAUCUACUCUCUUGUAAAUGGAUAAGUGACAUACAAGUCAAUUAAGAAUCCUCCUAAUUUCUUAUGAAUACUAUAGUAUUUUAUUUACCUUUUAUAUUUUUAACUCGUCUUGUUUUUUCUGCGAUCAUAUUUAAAAUGCUAGAUGAAGUUCUUUAAUUUCUUGUAAGUUAUCUACACUGGAGGAGCCUGAAAUUUCGUGAGAAUUUAUAUAAUAUGCUCUUAAUAAGUGUUUAUUAUCUAUAUUGUGCAUUUAGACGAUGAGAAUAAAGUAUUGCACACCACAGGUUAUCAGUGAAAUAAAACAUGCAAAAAUAAGA